AUGUCGGUUUCUCGCCCAGUGUCGAGAUCCAAGAACGGCUCUACGGAUUCCUCCUCGUGUUGCCAGGAUAUACUGCACGAUAUCAGCGAGGAGGACUCGCGAGGGGGGCCCGUUCAGCCUGAACCUCCCCGGUUUUCCACCGCAGAACCAGGGAUUGACUCGCUGGCUGCGGUGGCUUCUGAGGCACCUUAUCGUGUUUGGGCUCACUUGGACCUCGAAAGUUUCAAGAAGCUGAUUUGA